CAAGUUCGAGAAACCAAAAAAAAAAAAAAGAUUCUUCAGCAUUUUAGUGUGGUAUUUUGGAAAGCCCAUUAAUGCUAAUAGCUCCCCCACCCCCGGUUUAAGCUUCAUUUCAUUGUAUAUAAGUAUAUAAAAAACCUUUUUUCCCCUUUGUUGUCUCUUAGUUUCAGUCAAAAAUGACCCAAAAUUUUUCUACAGUUUCUUAUGCAUGCCAAACCAAUGACAGAUCUCAAGAUUUAGUAAAAAAAAAUGGGGUUUUUGAUCCUUUUUGCAUAAAGAUGUUGAUUUGAAGAAACCCCAUUUCUUUCUUUCUUUCUUUCUUUCUUCUUCUUCUUCUUCUUCCCUUUUUAAAGCUUCAAAAAAAUGGAACAACUUGUUUCUUCAAGGUACUAUCUUCUUUUAACCUUCAUCUUCAUCAUCAUGUAUGUCCUUUCUCUUGUUCCUAUUGUUAAAUCAGGUGAUGCAGAAGCACUUUUAGCUUUAAAAUCAACCAUUGAUCCUUUCAAUUCAUUACAAUGGCAAAGCAGCACCAAUCUUUGUUCAUGGCAAGGUGUCAAAGAAUGCAAAGAGGGAAGAGUAACAAAGCUUGUAUUAGAGCAUUUGAACUUAACUGGUUCAUUAAAUGGUACAAGCUUAAACCUUUUAGAUCAGCUUAGAGUAUUGAGUUUCAAAGGUAAUUCCAUUUCAGGUCAAAUACCUAACCUUUCAGGUUUAGUCAACCUCAAAAUCAUCUACUUAGACAACAACAAGUUCAAUGGUGAGUUCCCUGAAUCAUUGCCGGGUUUACAUCGAUUGAAAAUCAUUGUCUUGUCUGGAAAUCAAAUCAAUGGUGAAAUCCCAUUUUCUUUAUUGAAACUCAAGAGACUAUAUACUCUUUAUUUACAAAACAAUGAGUUGAAAGGACCGAUUCCACCAUUGAACCAAACAAGUUUAAGGUUCUUCAAUGUGUCGAAUAAUCAGCUUUAUGGUCAAAUACCAGUAACCCCAUCUUUAGUUCGGUUCAAUACGUCGUCUUUUUUAGGUAACGCCGGCCUUUGUGGUGAGCAAGUUAAAAAGCCGUGUCCGGGAACCGGUACUGAACCGGGUUUACCAAGCUUAAACCGGAAAUCAAACAAAAAAACCAAACUGAUCAUCAUUGUUGUUGCAGCAAGUGUUGGUGGGUUAUUAUUAUUCUUGUUGUGUUUCCUUUGUUUUAUUUUCAUUAAAAGAAAAAAUAAGUCAACAAAUGAGGUUAAAAGAAACAAAGGGGUUGUUGAAGCAGAGGGAGUGGAGGCCGGGGACGGCGGAAAUGGAGGCGGAGACGGCGGAAGCGGUGGCGGCGGAGGGUUUUGGGAAAGUGAGGGCGUAGGGAGUUUGGUGUUCGUAGGUGCUGGGGAUCAACAAUUGAGUUAUAGUCUUGAGGAUUUGUUGAAAGCAUCGGCGGAGACAUUAGGGAGGGGUACAAUGGGGAGUACGUAUAAAGCUGUGAUGGAAUCUGGGUUCAUCGUGACCGUUAAAAGGUUGAAAGAUGCUAGGUAUCCAAGAUCAGAAGAGUUUAGGAGACACGUGGAGUUAAUCGGACGGUUGAGACAUCCUAAUUUGGUCCCACUUAGAGCGUAUUUCCAAGCUAAAGAAGAACGGUUGCUCGUAUAUGAUUAUUUCCCAAAUGGCAGCCUCUUCUCUCUUAUUCAUGGAACAAGAACCAAUGGCGGUGGAAAGCCUCUUCAUUGGACUUCAUGUCUUAAAAUUGCAGAGGAUUUAGCUUCUGGAUUACUUUACAUUCACCAAAAUCCAGGCUUAACUCACGGGAAUUUAAAAUCCUCGAACGUUUUAUUAGGCCCCGACUUCGAAUCAUGCCUUACGGAUUACGGUCUCACGUUAUUCCGAGACCCCGAGUCACCAGAAGAGCUAGGUGCGGCCACUUUUUUCUAUAGGGCACCUGAAUGUCGGGACAUCCGAAAAGCAUCGACUCAACCGGCCGAUGUUUAUAGCUUCGGAGUUCUCCUACUUGAACUCCUAACGGGCAAAACUCCCUUCCAAGACCUUGUUCAAGAACACGGCUCGGAUAUCCCUCAAUGGGUAAGAUCGGUCCGAGAGGAAGAGACCGAAUCCGGGGACGAACCUACGUCAGGUAACGAAACGUCCGAGGGGAAGCUUCAAUCCCUUUUGAACAUAGCAAUGGCUUGCAUUGCCCUUGUGCCCGAGAACCGUCCCAUGAUGCGGGAAGUUUUGAAGAUGAUCAGAGACGUAAGGGCCGAGGCUCAAGUUUCAUCGAAUAGUAGUGAACAUUCACCGGGACGGUGGUCAGGCACCGUUCAGAGCUUGCCUAGAGAGGAACAGCUAAGCAUAUAAAGGAAAAAGGGUUUGAUAUAAUAAGAUUUUUUUUUUGCAGGCACUGAAUUUAAAGUGUUUCUCUAAUUCUUUUUUUUUUUCACCAUUGAAACUUUCAUAAUUUUUCCACUUAUAUUUGUAGAGUUUGUAUUGUAAAGAUUUCCCCAUUUUUAUUUUUUUUUCAGAGUUGUAGAAGGUAUUGUUUGGUUUAAUGUAUUUUUAAUUCCACUUUGAUUUGCUGAAAUGAAUCCAUUUUUU